CUAUAUUUUUUGCAGAAAAUGGCGCGUGUUUUGGUUGGCGUUAAGCGUGUGAUUGACUACGCCGUCAAGGUGCGCGUCAAGCCCGAUAAGACCGGUGUGGUCACCCAGGGCGUUAAGCACUCGAUGAAUCCCUUCGACGAGAUUGCCGUGGAGGAGGCUGUGAAGCUCAAGGAGAAGAAGCUGGCCACUGAGGUUAUCGCCGUCUCCGUGGGCCCGGCUCAGUCUCAGGAAGUGAUUCGCACGGCCCUGGCCAUGGGUGCCGACCGUGGAGUCCACGUAGAGGUGCCUGCCGCCGAGUACGACCUUCUGCAGCCAAUCCACGUGUCGAAGAUUCUCGCCAAGCUGGCUCUCGAUGAGAAGGCCGACCUGGUGAUCCUUGGAAAGCAGGCCAUCGACGACGAUGCUAACCAGACGGCUCAGAUGACCGCUGCUGUUCUCGACUGGCCACAGGGCACCUUCUGCAACAAGAUCGAGAAGACGGACGCCGGCUUGACGAUCACCCGUGAGAUUGACGGAGGCUUGGAGACCAUCAAGACCAAAACCCCGGCAGUUCUGAGCGCUGAUCUGCGCUUGAACACGCCCCGAUAUGCCACGCUGCCAAACAUCAUGAAGGCCAAGAAGAAGCCCCUGAAGAAGGUCACCGCCAAGGAUCUGGGAGUUGAUACCACACCCCGCAUCGAAGUUGUCUCCGUGGAGGAUCCGCCAGUGCGCAAGGCAGGUGCCACCGUCGCUGACGUGGAUGCUCUCGUGGCCAAGUUGAAGGAGGGAGGACACGUCUAGGUUCUCUGCCAACAAAUUGUGAGCACAAAUUCUACGUUCUUUUUAUUAGUUGAAAUUAUCAGAUAUGUGCAUUUAUCUAGCCUCCAGGCUUUAAUAUUCUACUCCUCGCGAGCAUCCCGUUGUAGUGCUUUAAGUGAAUUCUGAAUUGGAAUUUAUUUUCGUUGUGUCCAGCUUUAAGAAUAAAGUGAUUGUAAGCUCUAAAAA